AUGUCUUCUACACCAUCUUCUCGUCGAAGAGGGCACUCGUCACGGAAGUCUCAAUCUUCGACUCCUACGCAACAGCCGCAAACAACCCCAAGAAGCACACGUCAAGCGCCUCAUGGCAGCGCUGUGCCAUCUUCCUCCCCUUUAUUCUUUCAAUCAUCACCUGUGCGACAGCCGCCAGCACCUCCUUCACAACUGGCAAAUGAUGGCAUGAUUAUUAGCUCUCCUCCGAGAAAUUCCUCUGAUGCUGGUGAUCGUGAAGGAACACCUCGAGCAGCGAUACGCCCCAUUGAUGAAUCAUCGCCAGUCCGAUAUGACCCCAGCUCGAGCCCAAUUCGAAAUGUCAAUCGCAUCGAAUCCGAUAUUCCAAGCAGCAGUAGCGGGCUUUUCGUGCGUCAAGAUGGGCCAAAUCGCCUGGAUUCGAGAAGAGGUGAUAUCCACUCAGAUACUUUUGAUGGACCAUCCGCGCGACGUCGACGAAUUUUAGUUGGAGAAAAUGGCAUGCCGGUGCGAGAAGACGAGGAUCCCGCAUCUGAAGCCACCUUUACCAACCUCCAUCCUGACACCUCUGAAGCCAACGCACUUGGCGGGAAUUCUUCGAGAGUCAUAUGGGGAUCUAAUAUCUCCAUAAUCGAUUCAACUGCCGCUUUCAAGAGCUUUCUCCACGGAUAUACCAAGAAAUAUCGCAUGUGGGCCGACGGAUACACGGAGGAGGAGACUCAGAAUCUCGAAGUCGCUCAAGAACGAGAAUAUGUGGACAUGAUGCUUAGCAUGCUUCAUACUGGAAUUGAGCAGCUGAACCUUGAUGCGCGGAAUCUCAAGGCCUACCCUGCUACGAACAAACUGUGGCAUCAAAUGCAGGCUUAUCCUCAAGAAAUCGUCCCCUUGAUGGAUCAGACACUUCGCACUGUAAUGAUUGAACUCGCUCAGACUCAAAUGCGCGAACAACAGCGAACACACGUGGCAACCGCUUCACGCGCCAGGGAUGCAAGCUCCGGGCCGCUUUUGCCUCAAUCUGAAUUAAGUAGCGCCUUGACUCCAGGUGCGACCGCGGGCAACGUUACAGACGACAGGACAGACCUCAUCACUCAAGCUCAAGAACACCGUUGGAAAGUCACGAUCUUCGGGCUAGAUCAAGCCAUAAACAUGCGAGACCUGGAUCCCGCUGACCUUGAUAGGCUUGUGUGCAUCAAAGGUCUUGUCAUAAGAACCACUCCAGUAAUUCCCGAUAUGAAGGAGGCUUUCUUCAAAUGUACUGUUUGCAACCAAAGCUUGCUGGUUGCGAUCGAUCGAGGCAAAAUCGCAGAGCCGACAGAAUGUCCCCGGCAAGCUUGCAAAUCGAGGGACAGCAUGGAAAUCAUUCACAAUCGUUGCAUUUUCGCAGAUAAACAAGUCAUAAAGCUACAAGAAACACCCGACUCUGUCCCAGAUGGACAGACGCCUCAUAGCGUGUCCUUGUGCUGCUAUGACGAAAUUGUGGACAUUUGUAAAGCUGGUGACAGGAUUGAGGUGACUGGCAUCUUCAGAAGCAAUGCUGUUCGAGUCAAUCCACGUCAGCGUACCAUUAAAGCGCUUUUCAAAACUUACAUCGACGUUUUGCAUAUCCAAAAAGUAGACAAGCGAAAAGUUGGCAUCGACACCUCGACUGUUGAGCAAGAACUAGCUGAACAAGUUGCAAGCGCUCCAGAGCAGGUGAGAAAAUAUACAGCAGAAGAAGAAGCGAAGAUCAAAGACACAGCUGCUCGUGAGGACAUCUACGACCUCCUUUCAAGAAGUCUCGCUCCUAGCAUCCACGAGCUCGAUGAUGUGAAGAAGGGUAUCCUUCUGCAACUGUUUGGAGGCACAAACAAAUCGUUUGAGAAGGGUGGAAGUCCUAAAUACAGAGGAGAUAUCAAUGUCUUACUCUGCGGCGAUCCUUCUACCGCCAAAUCACAGCUUUUGCAGUAUGUGCACAAGAUCGCACCGAGAGGUGUAUACACUUCUGGGAAAGGGUCGUCUGCUGUUGGUCUUACAGCGUAUGUGACUCGUGAUCCUGAGUCCAAGCAGCUUGUCCUUGAAUCUGGAGCCCUCGUCCUUUCUGAUGGAGGAGUCUGUUGUAUCGACGAGUUUGACAAGAUGAAUGAGUCGACUCGGUCGGUCCUUCACGAAGUCAUGGAACAGCAGACCGUCUCAAUUGCGAAAGCGGGUAUCAUCACCACCCUCAACGCCAGAACAAGUCUUCUCGCCUCCGCAAAUCCCAUUGGAAGCAAGUACAAUCCGAAUCUACCCAUUCCACAGAACAUCGACCUACCACCCACUCUUCUGUCGCGAUUUGACCUUGUCUAUCUUGUGCUGGACAACAUUGACGAAGUUAACGAUCGAAGACUCGCAAAGCAUCUAGUUGGCAUGUAUCUCGAAGACACUCCAGAAAAUGCAACAAGAGAGGAAGUCCUUCCAGUUGAAUUCCUGACAUCUUACAUCUCAUACGCACGCACCAAUAUUCAUCCUGCGCUCACACCUCCAGCCGCAAAAGCACUCACCACAGCCUAUGUCCAAAUGCGCUCUCUUGGGAACUCAAUUCAAGCUUCCGACCGCCGCAUCACAGCAACAACUCGUCAACUCGAGUCAAUGAUCCGCCUGAGUGAAGCACACGCAAAGAUGCGCCUCUCGGCCACGGUCGACGAGUCCGAUGUCGACGAGGCCGUCCGCUUGAUCAAAUCAGCCAUCAAAGCCUCUGCCACUGACGCGAGAACCGGGCUCAUUGACAUGGGCUUACUCUCCGAGGGUGGCAGCGCAGCAGACCGUCGCCGCAAAGAAGACCUCAAGCGCGCCGUGCUCGCCGCCAUCGAUGAGGAUGCUGCUGUCAGAUCUGGCAAUGCCGUCAGAUACGCAGACCUGUACCGCCGCGUCGCCGAUGGAAGCUCUCUGGAGAUCGAGGGCGCCGAGUUCCAAGAUGCUCUUAGAGCUCUUGAGCAGGAAGGUAAAGUCCAGGUUGUGGGCGAUGGUGCUAGACGCAAUGUCAGACGGAUCACUGGUAUUUGA